AUGAAGCUCCAGCCCGGCCUGGAAGAUCACACCGAGGCUCUUGGAGACCAGGGUGGCCAGGACAGCCGGGGAGUGGCCAAGACAGACACCCCUGUCCACAGCCCAGCCUCGCUGCGGCUGGACCCCACCGCCGCCGCCGCCGCCCCUGUGCAGAAAGGAGGCAGCGUGCUUUAUUUCCCAAGCUCAGACUUCCUGCCCCCUUUUUCUUCCAGUUCUGCUCUGAGCUUCUACAGCAGUCCAGACUUCACCACCCUACAGAGGAAAAACAGGCUCAUUUGGAGUGAGAAGCCCACAGCUAUAGAGCUGGAGCUCAGCUAUCUGAUAGCCCAAGACUGUGCCCUUGGCAUCUCCAGCAAGAGGCCCUCAAUCAGCCUACAGAGUCAUACAGGUGAGUGUCUCAGCCCCAGCCGCGGCAGCUCGGCCAAACGGAAGAAGAAGCAGCGGCGGAACCGCACAACGUUCAACAGCAGCCAGCUGCAGGCGCUGGAGCGUGUGUUCGAGCGCACACACUACCCCGACGCCUUCGUGCGUGAGGAGCUGGCCCGGCGCGUGAACCUCAGCGAGGCCCGCGUCCAGGUCUGGUUCCAGAACCGCAGGGCCAAGUUCCGCCGGAAUGAACGUGCCAUGCUGGCCAACCGCUCUGCCUCGCUGCUCAAAUCCUACAGCCAGGAGGCCGCCAUCGAGCAGCCCGUGGCGCCCCGGCCCACCAGCCUGAGUCCCGAUUACCUCUCCUGGCCAGCGUCGUCCCCCUACAGCUCUGUGCCGCCCUACAGCCCUGGGGGCUCGGGCCCGGCCGCCCCGGGGGCCAGCAUGGCCAGCAGCAUCGCCAGCCUGCGUCUCAAAGCCAAGGAAUUCAGCCUGCACCACAGCCAGGUGCCCACGGUGAACUGACAGCCAGCUUGCCGGCACCAGCGCUGCCUCCCCAGCCUGAGGACGGCGAAGAGGGAGACAUGCACCGGAAGUGGCUUGCUCCAGCCCCUGUGCCCAGAACAGGCUGUCCAGGCUCUCCUGGCCCUUGUCACCAGCCCAGCCUCCUGAGGCUUGUGGGGCCCGGACAUCUAGGCAACAAGAUGGUUGCCUUGACCCCUGGAGGGUCUGGACCGGAAGAUGGCACAGGAGCCCACCGAGGACCCCACUCACUUUGUGUGUUAAAGCCACGAAGCUUUUGUCUUGAAGAAAUAAAACCUUAAAAAAAAAAAGCCUCAGAGA